AGAAGAAACCAAUCAGCUGGAUGUAGCUGAGAUCCUGUCCGGGCAUGUCCUGCGCUCUGCCUGUCCACGUGCUGCUACAGACGGUACGGCCUAAUAUGAUCAUGAGACACUUGUUACAUGAUGUCCCAUCCAUCGAAAAGAAAUCCAGCUUCUUCCUCACGGGGCCUUCUAGGUAACUACAGGUAUCUGUGCAAGAAAACCAAACUGAUACGUUCAAUGGAGCAUUCGAGAGCCAGGAAAAAACCCCAGGAUAUGAGGAUGGUCUCCAACAGGAAGACGAAACUAAGCAGCUUUCCUAGUGAAGCCCUGGAUGCAAACCCGCCGAUGAAGAAGGCUAAACUAGCAGAUCCAGGCCUGCAGUGCCAAAGCACUAUCAGCUCUGCCUCAGAGCCUGAUCACCACAGCGUGGUUACUGCCCUCAGAGACAGCUGGGAGGUGGACAGUGGCUUCUCUGAGAGCAGCCCCCCAGCCAGCGGCCGGAGUUCUCCCUGCCUCGCAUCAGGCUCCGCCUCGGUGGUGGCGUUGGACUGUGAGAUGGUGGGUACGGGGCCAGGGGGCCGCUGCAACGAGCUGGCCCGCUGCAGCAUCAUUGACUAUCAGGGCAACAUCUUGUAUGAUAAAUACGUCCGACCGUGUCAGCCUGUCACUAACUUCCGGACGCCCUGGAGUGGCAUCCGCAGGCAUCAUCUCCACAACGCCACGCCCUUUGCUCAGGCAAGGGAGGAGAUCCUGGCUAUACUUGAAGGCAAAGUGGUGGUCGGUCACUCUGUCUAUAAUGACUUUGAGGUGCUGAACAUGGACCAUCCCGGCCACAUGGUCCGAGACACGAGUUCCACUCGUCUGCUGAGCCGACUGGCUGGCCUGCCCUGCGGACGCUGCUCUUCUCUGAAGCUGCUGGCAAAUAAGCUGCUAAACAGGCGGAUACAGGCUGGGAGGCGAGGCCACUGUUCAGUGGAGGACGCUCAGGCUGCCCUGGAUCUCUACAAACUAGUGGAGGGCGAGUGGGAGGAAGAGAUGGAGAGAAGGAUGAGAGACGACGACGAAGCUGCUCCACAGGAGCCAGCCUUCCUCUCCUCUGAUCACUACAUGCAGGACGAGUUCUGGCCUGAUGAGGUCCUGACAGACGGCCUAUAAGGACAAUUUAUGAUUCAUUUAGUGGAAAAUAUCCCACUGAGGGUCCACAGUCACCCAAGGCUCAGAUUUAACACAUUAUGGUGGAUUAAUUAAUAAAAACGCAUCAUUAGCUGCGCUGCAGCCAACAGAGCAACAGUUUCUACAUCACAACAACUUCUGGUUUUGAUGCCAAACUUCAGAUUCUAAAGAUUUUUGUUAUAUUUAUUUAUUUGGAUCAAUGCUGAGGAUGAAUGGUUCUCUAUCAUCUUUAAAAUGUUAAGUUAUGAGUUGAUCAAUGAAAGUGAUGCAGAGUCUGCAAUGAAUUUAUCCUUCAAUAGAUAUCAAUGUUAGAAGAUGUGGUAAACACCCUGCAGAUCUGGAUUUAGUUUAUCUAUAUAGGUUUGUUGUUUUUUUUUGCAACAAACUAUAUAUAAACUAUGGUGUGAACAUUGGAAAAGGUUCCUGUUACCUUUCUGUGGCUGGAAGGAGUCCAACUAUUUGAAAUCUGUUGCUUCCAGAUGUUCUCACUGGCUGUAAACAGGUUAAACCUCCUAAACCAGAACCGUUCCAGUCGAGUUGUUUGAAAUGCUUUGGUCAUCUGUAGUUCAAAUGUGAAAUUCUUCCUCCAUUACCUCUCAUUUCAUGCUGCCUGUUGGUGAUAAAUGUGAUAAAUAAAGCAGAUUGGU